GCGCUCUGAACAGCAUCAGCACCAGCCGCUGCGUGAGAAACAACCCGAGUCGCAUCCCCGCGGAGAGCAGCACCGCGUGCGCUUCAUUCAAUCUGGAGCGUCAGAUGGUGCAAGAUGCACUGCUUCUUUGUCCUACUCUACCCCCGGACAAUGCAAGUUAACGCUGCAAGGGACUAAUAGCCUAGUAGUUGAGGGACCCGUUUCAGCUGCACUGUAAGGUUUCUACAGGACGCGCGCUUGGAUUAUUGUCCUUCUCGCGCAUUUCCUGCUGGACAGCUAAACACGCGCACCGCGGGCUUCCAGAGAAAUAAAGCGAAUCAUUGCUGUUUAAAAUGUGUUAAUUCGGUUUUCUUUUUCGCGAGGGAGGAGCAAAGAGAGCGUAAACAACACUGGGUGGCUUUGUUUCAGAGACACGGACCCGUGGAAGAUCACACUGGCAUGUCUUUCAGUGCCGGAUUUGGAGCUACCGUUAUUUCCCCACUAACUUAGGGAAGUGUUGUUCGUAUCUAUUUGACUUGGCAUAAGAGCCUAGUUCUACUUUUCUAACAAACACAUGUAGUUUUCUUCAUAUCUUCGCUUGGGAUGCUUUCAUCGGAAGGGCGUAUUUGAUUCACGUCUAUCGCCUUUGGAGUGAAGAAAGACCCCUUUAAACCCGUUGCCUCGGCGUUAUCUGGAGGAGUAACAGCGAUCCACGUGGAAACACGGACUCUAAGGAGGGCAAAAUGGGCUGUUGCAGUGGUAGAUGCACGCUGGCAUUUAUAUGUGGCAUGCAGUUGAUCAGCAUUCUGGAGAGACAGAUAUUUGAUUUCCUUGGAUACCAGUGGGCUCCGAUCCUCACAAACUUCAUCCAUAUCAUCACAGUGAUUCUAGGCCUCUUUGGGACAGUACAGUUCAGGCCACGAUAUGUGACUGGGUAUGCAGUCUGGUUGGUGCUGUGGGUCGCCUGGAAUGUCUUCAUCAUCUGUUUCUAUUUGGAAGUGGGUGACCUUUCAAAGGACACGGACCUGAUUAUGACCUUCAACAUCUCCAUGCAUCGCUCCUGGUGGAUGGAGAACGGCCCGGGGUGCAGGGUGACCCCCGUGACCCCUCCUCCCUCCUGGGCCCCAGAGGACCACCGCUACAUCAGCAUCGCCGGCUGCCUGCUGGAGUACCAGUAUGUGGAGGUGGCCCACAGUUCCUUGCAGAUUAUCCUAGCUGUGAGUACAGUCUAA